AUGCUAGAAUGCGCGCAGUUCUGCAACCAAACCCAAGAGUGCUUGAGCGUUAACUACAAGUUGCUGGGUCAAAUCUGCGAGCUGAAUAGAGCAGAUGUCCACAUUGCUCCUCACAACUACCUCCCAGCCAGAGGUUACGUUUACCUUGAUAAUCCUUGGCCCAAAGUCAAAAUGAAAUCUUGCGCCAGUAUUAAGGAUAUUGUCUCUAACGCGGAGUCAGGCUACUAUUGUAUUGAACUCUUUCAAGAGAAGAAGGAAGUUUUCUGUGACAUGAUUAAUUUUGGUGGAGGUUGGACACUUGUUGCAAGUAUCUCGUCUUCAAACAAUAACCAUCUGCUGAGGACGGAAGUAAACUGCCUUCUCCCAAACCGAUGCGUCGAGAACGUUUCCUCAGAUAUACCAACCAGAAAAAUGUCUGAUAAAGACAUCCAUGCUAUUGCAACUACUGAAGGGACAUUUCGAGUUGAUCAGGUAUCGAAUGGUUUCACAGCCUUCUUUAAGAUACCUAUUGGAGCGCAUCUGUUUAACUCUGAAUGCUUCGGAGCAAGUUGUCCUCGUAUAAUUGUGUCUCAUUCAUAUCCCUACCAGUGGGAAUCGAACUGCAAGGGGACGGAGCUUGGCUAUCAGGUCACUGAUACUCCUAACCGUUGCUAUAGAGUGUUCGAUAUGCACGACAACGGUGAAUGUGGUCACACUUGGCGCUCUACGAAAUAUGGUACAAAUCGAGUGCUGUAUGGAUUCCCCUGUAGCAGUUUCAGUGGCAUUUACAAAAAUAAACAAGGUCUUCUUUUUGUAAAAUAGACUAUAUUCAUCGUAGAAACUGAAGAACGUAAUACUUAGAUGCAUGAAGAACGAGUUACGAGCGAAAUUCUGGAUCAGACUUCAUUAGGAAGCUUACAUGAGGUGCGGAUAACCAACAUAGGAAAGCUAGCUAUGGAAACCGCCGCAUGGCUGUGCACCUGUAUAAGAAACUAGAGGAGAUCCCGCAUGUCAUUAUUCCGAUUAUUUUUACUUGAUGUUAAUGCGCUCUUUUUGUAAUUCGAAGUAGAAAAUUCAACCACAUGUUGUGGUAACUUUGGUAGAAAAGAAUUUGUUUUG